AUGGCCGACGACAAUGCGUCGCUCGGCUCGCGCGGCGGGCUCGUGAACCGCCGCGGCGGCCGCACCGGCAGCCAGGAGACGGCGCGCAGCGGCCAGGCCAUGUACCAGCCGGGCACGCCGCUCGGCUACCUCGCCGCCCGCGGCACGCCGUACGAGAAGAAGUACUUCACCAAGAAGCUCGGCUUCUGCUGUCUCUUCCUCGCGCCGCCCAUCAUCCUCGUCACCGCCGUCAUUACGCUCGUGCCCGUUCUCUGGGCCGUGGCGAACCACGCGCUGCACACGGCGCAGCUGCACGUCUACCAGGCCAACAUCACCAACGUCGGCAACACGUCCUUCCCGCUCAGCAUCGACGGCCGCGUCAAGAAGACGGGCAUCUUCCCCGCCCGCCUCAUCUUCCGCAAGCCCGUCGACAUCUACUGGAACACGCCGCCGUCGUCCGAGGGCGGCAUGCGCGAGCUGCACCUCGGCCAGAUGACGCUCGCGCGCAUCAACGCCGCCGCCGGCUCGGCGCUCGUGCGCCAGGCGACGACGUUCCAGGUCACCGACGAGGCCGGCUUCGGCGAGUUCUCCGAGUACCUCAUCACGCAGCCCGAGUUUACGUGGCAGCUGCGCUGCGAGGAGGUGCGCGCCGAGGCGUUCAGCUUCCUGCCGACGUACAAGCCGUUCCGCUUCAUCAAGAAUGUCGUCUUCAAGGGCAUCGACAACUUCCACGACAUCAAGAUCCUGGCACUGCAGCUGCCGGGUGACGACCCGCAGGGCGGCAUCACGACGAUUGCCACCACGCAGCUCGUCAACCCGUCGGCCUUCAGCGUCGAGGUGGGCACGCUGGACCUGGCCUUGUACUACAAGGGCAUGUACCUUGGCCCGGUGUCCACGGACGGCCUCAACCUCACGACUGGUGUCAACAUCGUGACGCUCUCCGGCCGCCUGAUCCCGCACGCGGGCAACCAGACGGAGCUGGACCUGCUCGGCGAGCUCUUCACGGCCUACAUCAACGGCGAGGUCUCGCCCGUCGAGGCGCGUGGUCUUUCGACGCGCCAGUCCAACGGCGAGACGAUCUCGUGGCUGAGCCAGGGCAUUCGUGCACUCGUGGCGCAGAUUCCCUUCCAGAGUCCCGAUCCGAUUAACCCCAUCAAGGGCAUCCAGAUCGACUACGUCUCGCUCGUGUACAACCAAGAGGAGCCUUUCAACCCCGUGCUGUUCUCGAACGAGCUCGUCGGCACGUUCGCCCUGCCCUUCGGCUUCUCGCUCAACAUCCUGUCGCUCGCGACUCAGCUCAACAUCGAGUUCAUGGGUGCGCCCGUCGGCAGCGUCUACGGCCCGUACGGCAACUCGUCGACGGACAUUCAGGUGCUCAACGCCGGCCAGACGGCCGGUGUGAUCAACCUCACGCUGCCGCCGUCGAAGCUCUUCCUGCCGAACGGCACCGAGGCGGCGCAGAAGCAGCUCGUGGCCUUCCAGAACGCCUUUACCUACUCGUCGUCGGCCAACUUUGCCGCCAAGGGCUCGGCCAAGGCCAUCACCGACACGCCGCUCGGCCGCGUGCUGCUCGACGGCAUCGCAUUCGACGUCACGACUGGUCUCGCCGGCCUCAAUGGCCUGCUGACGUACCCCACGAUCAUCAAUUCGGUCGACGUGACGGGCGGCACCUCCGACGCCGUGUCGCUCGGCGUUGCGCUGACGACGAUCAACCCCUCGAACCUCAACCUCACGACGGGUGACGCCACCUUUGAGCUCGUCAAGGACGGCGUGGCGCUCGGCAAUGCCACGCUGCCCAACCUGAACCUCAAGAUCGGCCGCAACGACGUCAAUUCGACGUCGUUCUUCGACCCGAACCGCUCCCCCAAGGGCCUCGAGACGCUGAACCGCUUCAUCAGCGGCCUCGACACGAACCUCGAGAUCCGGGGCUUCGAUCGCUCGUCGCCGGUGGCCUCGCUGAACCCCACGCUCGGCGGCAUCGUGCUCAACGCGACGCUGCCCGGCCUGAAGACGAGCCUGGUGCGCUCCGCGAACCUCACCGUGCUGGCCUCGACGGGCAUCACCGACGACAUUGCCAACUCGCAUGUCGACCUUGCGAACCCGUUCAGCUCGAGCCUUGCGAUCUCGCGCAUCGCAGCCAACGCCUCGGCGCACGGCAUCUUCCUCGCCAACAUCAACACGCCGCUGGAAUUCACGGCCGCUGGCAAGGCUGUCACGACGUCGCCCAUUGUCCCUCUGUCGGUCAACCUGUACCCGCCGGACCUGUUCUCGAUUCUGCGUGCCUUUGCCAUGCAGCGCGGCCUGAAUCCGGCGUACAUCGACGGUGUCGUGCAGCUCGGCGGCUUUACGCUCACGCCGACGCGCGACGAGGCGCAGCGCAAGCGCGACCUCGCCGAGCAGAAGACUUUCGUGCUGGAGGAGGACGACAAGAUGGCGCAGGUCCUCAUGGGCGUCGGAGCCAACACGGGCGCCGCGAUCAGCGAGCAGCUCGGCGACGACGAGGGCAUCGACUUUAGCGGCGAGGAUGCCGUGCUCAAGCGCGCGCUCCCGCUGCCCGCCGACGGCGUGCAGAAGCGUGCCAACCUGUACACGGGCUUCAACCUGGCCAGCUACGUGCUCGACGCCUUCUCUACUGCCACGGCCGACCUGGUCAUCGUCUCGGACGCCGUCAUUGGCGACUACGGCACGACGCUCACGUUCUCGCAGAACAACGUGCCGCUCGGCGUCGACGACACGCUGCUGCUUCUGCUGCCCACGCUUGCCGCGCCGAUCGUGCAGAAGAUUGUCGACGGCUCGAUCCUCAACAUCGACCGUGUGACGAUCCUCGAGGCUCGCCCCAACUCGUUCCGCGCCUCGCUGCAGGGUGCUCUGACCAAUGCCGGCCCCUUCGACGGCGUCGUGUCCUUCCCCGAGGGCCUCGACAUCUUCUGGGAGGGCCGCCCGCUCACCUCGGCUGCAUUCCCGAACAUCUCGCUCGUCGGCGACCUCGGCUCGUCGCUCAACAUCGAGCUCGAGGGCCAGAUCCCGGACGUGGGCUACUUCACGGACUUCCUCAAGUACGUCAUCCUCAACCCCUCGUUCAUCUGGAACAUCCGUGGCCAGGGCAUCUCCGUCGCGGCGCUCGGCAUCGUCGUGCCGGGCAUCACGAUCAACAAGGAUGUGCAGCUCACGGGCCUGAAUGGGCUCCGCAACCAGGUCAUCAUCAACUCGUUCGACGUGCCCUACAACGAGCCCGGAGGCGGCAUCCACCUCACGGCCGUCAGCACGAUCAACAACCCGGCGCAGGUCGGCGUGGCGCUGUCCCGCUUCGGCACGACGAUCACGCGGAAUGACUCGCUCAUCGGCCCUGCCGCGGCCGAGGGCGCGUUCACGUUGCAGGCGCUCGCCGUCACUACGGUGCCGCUCGUCGGCAGCAUCGUCCCGCAGCAGGGCUUCGGCCUCGAGGUGCUCGGCGAGGUGCUGACGAACUUCGUGCACAAUGUCAACACGCCGCUGAUCGUGCACGGCGAGUUUGCCGGCCCCGAGGACGUCGUGUGGCUCAACGAGGGCAUCCGCGUGCUCAACGUCGAGGUGUCGCUGCCGUCGCAGGACUUUGAGGUCAUCCGUCUGAUCUCCAUCAACCAGCUCUCGCUGUUCUUCACGGUGCCGACGGCGUACAACCCGCAGUCGGACUCGAUGAACACGACGGCGAACUUCUUCCUGCCCUUCACGCUGCCUGUGGACAUCAAGACGACGGCCGGCCCCUUCACGGCCAACUACCAGGGCCAGAACUUUGCCGUGCUCAACAUCCCCGAGUCGAACACGCUUACAGACGUCGAGGCACGCAUCCUGACGCUGAUGUUUAACAAUGUGCCCUUUGCCGUGUACAACAACGGCGAGUCGCGCCGCAUCUUCUCGCAGUUCGUCGCCGAUGUGACGCGCGAGGAGAUCGUCACCUUCAACCUCAAUGGCCAGGCCACGGCGAACACACUGACCGGAGCCGGCCUCGUGACGAUCCGCGACAUUCCCUUUAACCUCAACACGAACAUCCUGGGUCUGCAGAACCUCAACGCGCGUCCCGCCAUCGUCUCGGACCUCGACGUCGCGCGUGGCUUCCCCACGUACCUGCUCAUCACCGUGGCUGUGACGCUCUUCAAUCCUUCGGACAUUACGAUUGGCGCUGGCGACGUGCAGUUCGCGACGCUCUUCCAGAACCGCGUCAUCGGCCGUGCGCUCAUCAACGACAUCCUGCUCGUGCCUGGCGAGAACCGCGUGCCGACGCAGAUUCUCUACUCGCCGCAGGGCGCCGAGAACGUGCGCGCCGGCCAGACGCUGCUUGAGAACUACGUGCAGAACAUCACCUCGGAUGCAACCGUGCAGGGCACGAGCCAGACGACGCCCAUUCCGUCGCUCAUCCAGGCGCUCUCCGGCAUCACGCUCACGGCGCAGAUUCCGCCGCUGAUGAAGCUCAUCGUCGUGCAGGCGUUCCUCGAGGUGCCGCGCGACAUUGCGCAGACGGGCAUUGCCCAGGCGAGCGUGCUCAUCGCCAACCCCUUUACGGCGUCGAUCAACAUCAUCCAGCUGUACGCGCAGGCCGUGUACGACGGCAUCGUCGUCGGCACCAUCGACCAGAACCUGCGCAGCAACCCGAUCAGCGCGCCGGGCAAGGUCACGACGCAGUCGCAGCAGCUGCCCAUCGCGCUGGACAUCGACCCGAAGACGCUCAUCCGCUUUGUGAUUGCCGUCGCGCGCGACACGGGCACCAGCCUCGGCCCGCUGCCGCCGUUCCUGCAGCAGGUGCUCGACCUGCCCGACACGCGCACGACGAUCAUCCCCGUGCCCGACGACCAGCAGCCGCCGUGUGUGUCGGGCCGUGCGUUCGACACGCUCGGCGCCGUGCUGCAGGCGCUGCGCGGCCUCGCCACGUCGAUUCCCAUUCGCUCCACGGUCAAGAUCGACGAGUACCAGACGGACCUCAACUUCAUCCAGCAGCCCGUGCCCACGCAGACGGACGAGACGGCUCUCUACCUGCUCGGCCCCGCCGGCGCGCCGCUCAUCCAGCUCAUCGUGAACCAGUCGACGCUGACGGUGACGCAGGCCAACGCCACGAGCCUGACGAACGAGGGCUUCUUCACCUCGCUCGCCGGCUCGCUGAUGACGGAUGCACCGGCCGAUGCGUACAUCGAGUUCCCCGAGCCGAUCCGCAUCGGCUACAACGGCCGCGACAUUGCCGAGAUCUCGCUGCCGCCGAUCUGCUCGAGCCCGCCGGACGGCGUGCCGAACCUGCGCUCGCAGGGCCAGCUGACGAUCCUCGACGAGCCUGCCUUUACCGAGUUUGCCGACUACAUCCUCAACAACGCGCAAUUCCAGUGGCGCCUGUACAGCAACCGCGUGCUCGUGCGUGCGCUGGGCAUCCGCUACCAGAAUGUCAUCCUCGACAAGACCAUCACGCUGGACGCAUUCAACGGCCUGCCCGGCAUUGUCAUCACCAAGUUCGAGGCGCCCAGCGACGGGCCGGGCUUCAUCAACAUCAACAUCGAGGCGCCCAUCUACUCGCCGGCGUCGCUCGGCGUCGAGCUCGGCACGGCCAACUUCGAUGCGUACUUUAUGGGCACGCUCGUCGGCCCCAUCGCGGCGCGCAACCUCUUCCUCGCCUCCAAGGCGACGACUGUGGCGAUCAUCGACGGCCGCAUCGUGCGCCAGACGGGCCAGGGCCUCGUCAACAUCGGCAUUCUCUUCUCGCAGUUCCUGGCGGGCCAGAACUCGACGCUCGAGGCGCGCGGCGUGUCCGUCAUUUCCCCUGCGUCCAAUGGGCAGCCCGUCCGCUGGCUCAGCGACGCCUUCAGCCGCUUCCGCACCAACGUCAUUCUGCCGGGCAAGAUCUACCAGAUCAUCUACUCGAUCACGCUCUCUGACCUGACGGCCGUCUUCCUCGAGGGCUCCAACAGCGGCUACAGCCCGACGGUGUCGAACAACCGCACGCUGGCGACGUUUGCCAACCCCUUCGGCUUCGGCCUCGCCGUCGCGCAGGCCGGCCCGAAGAUUGCGAUCGGCUUCGACGGCGGCACUGCGGCGAACCUCAACCUGCCGCUGGCCGACGUCGUCAGCUCGGGCACGUCGCGCGGCCCCAACGACCGCCAGCCGCUGGAGAUCAACUUCCGCAACCAGCUGCUUGUCUCGGCACCCGAGGACCACGGCCGCUUCCAGCAGUUCCUCGCGACGACGACCAACGAGCAGACGGUCAACUUCCAGCUCCGCGGCAGCACCGACGUCGUCGCCAUCACGCAGAUCGGCAACCCGACGAUCACAGGCAUUCCCUUCGACGUGCCCAGCUCGCUGGACGGCAUCAACUCCUUCGGACGCACAGCUGAGAUCGGCCGCCUCGAUGUUACUGACGCCACUUCAGAGUAUAUCAUAAUUCCUCUCGAAGCAACACUGCAGAAUCCUAGCGACAUAACACUAUCCUCGGAUCGCUUCCUGCUACCCGUGACAUUCACAGGAACGGAGAUCGGACGUGCCUUCAUCAACCCAAUCUUGCUCAUUCCCGGAGAGAACCGUCUCUCGGUGGAGUUCCGCUACGGCCCGCAGAUCUCUGGCGGCGACCCGGGCAACCCCACGGCCGAGAAGGUGCUCCAGCAGUACCUGCAGCCGCCGGAGGGCCAGCGCAACGGCAUCCAGGUCACGCCGCUUGCCAUCAUGGGCCGCAACGGCGCAAACCCGCCGCAGUCGCCCUACGACGCGCUCGAGCCGGCCCUCUCUCGCGUCGUCGCAAACACGGAGCUCCGCGGUAUCGGCAGCCGCAUCAUCGUGCGAGUAGACGUGUUUAUCACUGGCGAAAGUCUCCUUCAAGGCCUUAUUGGGACACUGAACGGGGGGGCCACGCCUGCCUACGUGGAGGCACUCCUGACCGCUUUGAAUGAUCUUCCGGUGCCGCUGCAAGUCCGCAGCGUCAAGUCGCAGAUUUUCAACACCAACGAGGGUCCGCACAGCCAGACCGGGCGGCGCGACUACGCCACUUUCGACUACACCUUCCGCAACGCCUAUAUCUUGCCCGCGGCGACAAGCACAUCGAACCCCAAUCCCGCAGGGGGCACCCCGGCGCCGGAGCGCAUCACGCGCAUUCUGCUCACGCGCGGUCUCUUCGGCUCGCUCACUCUGAUCGGAAACAACGUCGAUGCGUACAACACCAUCGGGGCCAGUGUCAAUGGCCGCUCAGGAACGUACGAGAUCCCCUCGCUGAUGUAUAAUCAGAUCGACGUCACUACGACGUACAGUUUGCAACUGGCACCCGGACUGCCGGCGCUGCCCAUCAGCGGCCUCGAGGACCUGCUCGGCAAGCUCGCGGGUGCCACUGGCGAUCUGCUCGGCGCCCUCGGCGACAUCCUGAAGCAGCUGAGCCAAGGACAGCUCGGCCAGCUGCUGCAGAUCCCGCAGCUCGCCCCGCUCAAGGGCAUCGUCUGCACGCUGACGCAGAACAGCGGCCCGCUGGCGUUCCUGUCGAACACGCUGCUGCUCGCGCUCGGCUGCUCGAAUGCCGUGCCUGCGACGAUCGCAUCGAAUGUGACGAGUGUCCUGAACGAGACGGUUGCCGGUGUCACUUCCGCAGUCAAUCAGACCGUUUCUGGCGUGACGUCGGCCGUCAACAACACCGUUUCGAGCGUCGGCAACGGCGUCGAGUCUGCGGCCAACACGACGGCUUCCACUGUCAACGGCGUCGCCGGGGCUGUCAAUGGAGUCACGAACGCUCUCGGCGGGCGCGCGGCACCCAUGCCGGUCGACGAGCUGUAA